AUGGCUUAAUAAGAUAAAUAUCUAUUCUCAGAAACCUAAUGGCGAUUAUUUUCAGGAGCAAUAUCAGGUGCAGUUUCUCGAUCUUUCGUUGCGCCUAUAGAGAGAACUAUCAUUCUUAAGCAAACAAAUGCCUCUAAUUACUAAAGAAAAUCAUUGAUCAGAUGUCUUUAUGUGAUGUACACCUAAGAAGGAGCAAAAAGCAUGUUCAAAGGGAAUGGAGCUAACUGCUUAAGAAUUGCUCCUUUUUAAGCGAUUGAGUUUUAUCUGUUUGACAUACUCAAGAAUACUUUUUAAUUUAACAACUAAAAUGCAUAGAAUAUUUCAAUGUUAAUUUUUGGAGCAUUUUCAGGAGCUCUAGCAACAAUGACCGUUUAUCCUUUCGAUUUAGUCAAAACAAUAUUAGCUGUUUAAACAAACUAGGAAUACAAGGGAAUCACUGAUUGUUUAGUUAAAAUAGUCUAAAGAAAGGGUCCAUUAGCAUUAUUUAAAGGGUUAUCUGCUACAUUGAUUGGCAUAUCUCCUUAUUCCAGCUUUAAGCUAACCUUUUUCUAAAUAUUGCGUUAAAAAUUAUCAUCUCUUAUGGGCUUUAUAAAUAAAGACACACAAAAUCUCAUAUUUGGUGGUUUGGCAGGAUGUAUGGCAUUAAGCAUAACUUAUCCUACAGAUGUUAUAAGAAGACGAUUAUAGGUUUAGAUUUUAUCUGGAAAACAACAUGACAGUUAUAUAGAGACAAUGAAAUUAAUGUAUAAGGAAUAAGGCUUGAUUGUAUUUUAUAGAGGAUUAUUUUGUACUUAUGCUAAGGUUAUGCCAGCAACAGCAAUUGCAUUCACAAUCAACGAAAAAUUAAAAAGAAUUAGAGAUCUACAUUGA